AAAUUUUCAAAAUCCCCCCCUGCCGGAGUUCCAAAAUGAACCCCACCCACCCUGACGCCGGCCUCGUAUUGACACACACUCUCUCUCUUACGAAUAACCGGAGUCAAUUUCAAGAUUUCAACACGUAAGAAUCUUCGGUUUCUAUAGACUGGAGGUUUAAAACAGGAACAUAUUCGAGUCUCGACUCAAUUCUUUUUGGUUCGUGUGUCACGUGAGGGAGAGAGAGAGAGAGAGAGAGAGAGAGAGAGAGAGAGAGAGAGAAUUAGUAAUGGAAUCAUCGGGGCCGGAGCCGGUGGUGAAUAAAGUAGCCGUAAGGUCGUCGGUGAUAGAAUCGAUCAAGGGAUGGUCGUUAUCGGGGAUACGGAUUCACAAAGAGGAGUUGAGGCAGAAGCUUACGAUGCCGGAGUAUUUACGCCUUGCUAUCAAAGACGCCAUUGCAUCCAAAGAUAUCGAUGCUGGGAAACGUCACUAUGAUUUCUCCACCAUCGGCCAUGAUAAGCCACCUCACAUCGCCCCUGAAUCGCCGUUGGUUGUAUUUAUUAAUUCCAAGAGCGGUGGGCGCUAUGGCCCGGAACUUAAAGCUAGGUUGCAGGAUUUAAUGGGCGAAGAACAGGUCUUUGACCUUUUAACUGUGAAGCCUAAUGAGUUUAUUCAGUAUGGGUUGGGUUGCCUGGAGAAGUUUUCUAGUCUUGGUGAUGGUUGUGCCAAGGAAACUCGUGAAAAGUUGAGGAUUGUGGUUGCAGGAGGUGAUGGUACUGUAGGAUGGGUCCUUGGGUGUUUAGGAGAGCUUCAUAAAGCAGGGCGGGACCCAGUUCCACCAACGGCAAUUGUACCUCUUGGUACAGGCAAUGACUUAUCCAGGAGUUUUGGUUGGGGUGGUUCGUUUCCUUUCAACUGGAAAGCAGCUAUAAAAAAGACUCUUGAUAAGGCUAUUCGUGGUCCAAUUAGCCGCCUUGAUAGUUGGAGUCUUUUAAUAUCAAUGCCAGCUGGUGCAGAUUUGGACACCCCUUACUCCUUGAAACGAACAGAAGAAGUUGUUCUUGAUCAGGAUCUAAAAGUCGAAGGACCGUUGCCUGAAAAAGUUUCUUGCUACCAAGGGGUCUUUUAUAAUUACUUCAGUAUAGGAAUGGAUGCCCAAGUAGCUUAUGGCUUUCAUCAUCUACGGAAUGAGAAACCUUACCUUGCACAAGGUCCUAUUUCAAACAAGAUAAUUUACUCGAGUUACAGUUGCAAACAAGGGUGGUUUUUUACGCCUUGUAUAGCUGAUCCGGGUUUGAGGGGACUAAAUAACAUCUUGAGGCUGCAUGUUAAAAGGCUCAACAGCACACAGUGGGAGCCGAUUACUAUCCCGUCAAGUGUUAGGUCUAUAGUCGCUUUAAAUCUUCAUAGCUAUGCAAGCGGAAGGAAUCCAUGGGGUAACUUGAAGCCAGACUAUUUACACAAGAAAGGUUUUGUUGAGGCUAAAGCAGAUGAUGGUGUGUUAGAAGUUUUUGGUUUUAAACAUGGAUGGCAUGCAUCAUUUGUUAUGGCUGAUCUUAUUUCAGCCAAACACAUUGCCCAGGCUACAGCAAUUCGGUUCGAGUUAAGGGGUGGAACAUGGAAAGAAGCGUUUAUGCAGAUGGACGGAGAACCAUGGAAACAACCCAUGAACAACGAGUUCUCAACGUUUGUGGACAUCACGAGGGUGCCAUUUCAGUCGUUUAUGAUCAAUGGGGAGUGAUCGUUCAGGUAAUUAGCAUCACGUAAAGCAAAGCAUUAAUUCCAUUAGCGAUCGUUGUUAAAUAAUUGUUCUAUAGUUGUAUGAUCUUGUAAAGAACAUGAAUCAUGAGUGAGAGAUGGAGAGUAUUUAUUUGCAUCAGUGAUGUAAUUACCCAAUGGUUUGAGUUGGUUGGUAAUUAAUUGUAAAUUUUAGUUGUUUCCUUGUUAGUGGUAUGAGCUUUGUAUUCC